AUGUGUUUUUUCUUUCUUUCUUUAUUACAUGAUUUUUUCUAUCUGUCCUUUUUAUGUGAUUUUUUCUAUCUUUCGUUUUACAUGAUUUUUUUCUUUCUUUUUUAUGUGAUUUUUUCUAUCUUUCUUUUUUCUAUCAUUUUUCUUUCUUUUUUAUUUUCUUUCAUUUUUGUUUCGUUUUUACUAUUCUCUUUCUUAUUUUUACGAUUUUUCUUUCAUUUUAAAGAUUCUUCUUUCUUUCGUUUUUCAUUUCUAUUGUUUUUCGUUCCUUCAUUCUUUCAUUCAUAUCUUCAUUUAUUCCUUCAUUCUUUCAUUCAUAUCUUCAUUUAUUCCUUCCUUCUUUCAUUCAUAUCUUCAUUUAUUCCUUCCUUCUUUCAUUCAUAUCUUCAUUUAUUCCUUCAUUCUUUCAUUCAUAUCUUCAUUUAUUCCUUCCUUCUUUUUCAUUCAUUUAUUCUUCAUUUAUUCCUUCAUUCUUUCAUUCAUAUCUUCAUUUAUUCCUUCAUUCUUUCAUUCAUAUCUUCAUUUAUUCCUUCAUUCUUUCAUUCAUAUCUUCAUUUAUUCCUUCAUUCUUUCAUUCAUAUCUUCAUUUAUUCCUUCCUUCUUUCAUUCAUAUCUUCAUUUAUUCCUUCAUUCUUUCAUUCAUAUCUUCAUUUAUUCCUUCAUUCUAUAUUCUUUCUGUUUUUUUUUGUUGUUUCCCGCCGGAUUGCUCUUGGUUUUUUCUUUCUUUCAUUCAUUUCAAGAUUUUUCAUUCGUGUAGAUUUUUCUUUCAUGAAAAGUAUUCUUUCAUAUGGGUUUUUCUUUCAUGUAGAGUUUUCUUUCAUGUGGGGUUUUCUUUCAUGUAGAGUUUUCUUACAUGUAGAGUUUUCUUUCAUAGUUUUCUUUCGUGUAGAGUUUUUUCAUGUAGAGUUUUCUUUCAUGUGGGGUUUUCUUUCAUGUGGGGUUUUCUUUCAUGUGGAGUUUUCUUUCAUAGUUUUUUCAUGUAGAGUUUUCUUUCAUGUGGGGUUUUUCUUUCAUGUAGAGUUUUCUUUCAUGUGGAAGUUUCGUUCAUAUCUCUCUUUUUAUUUCAACCUGUCUCUCUCUUUUAAUCUCUCCCUGCCUAAGUUUCUUCUUCGGUCUUCCUCAAUCUUUCUCUCUUUCUCUUUCUCCAUAUCUCUCUUUUUCUUUCCAGUCUCGUUUAAUAUCUUCCUAUCUAAGUCUCACCUCUUUUUCUUCACUCUUUCCCUAUUUCUCUGUCUGUCUGUCUGUCUGUCUGUCUGUCUCUCUCUUUCUUCAUAUCUCGCUUUUUCUUUCCAUCUUCCUCUCUCUUUUAUUAUCUCCCUAGCUAAAUUUGUUUCUUUUCUCUUCUAA